AUAUCCGUAAACUUUCCGUCUUUCGCUAACCAAUUUUUGCUAUGAAAUUUACUACUCUUGCAGCCGCCUCUGUGUUGGCCGCCUCGGCGUGUGCCAAGGACGUCGCCUGUCGUGUUGGAGGUGUCCAGCAAUCCGUUGUUGAUUUGGACACUGGAUCCUGUUCGUUCGUCAUUCCAGACGCUGUCCCUGUGACUUUCGACUUCACUGCCCCAGACAACUACCUUGUUGACGCUUGCUACGCCUUGGUCAACGGCAACAGAUUCUAUAAUAACAUUCCCGAGGCCGGUCGCACUGUCACUGUGCCCGCCAAAGAAAUGAUGGACCAGGGCAACUUUCCUAUUAUGGGAGUGCACGCUGAGAUGUCGCCUGCCAUCAACUCCACAAUGGCCUUGCGCGCCAGAUUCAACUCCAAGUUCGUCUCCAAGAGAGACGCCGAGUCCGACUUGGUCGACUACAUCAUGACCUUGAACGGUACCGCCCUCCUCGACGCCCCCGAGCUCUCUGUGUCUGACGUCGACGCCGUGUCUUCUGCCUCUGGUGUUUCCGAGUCCAUGACCAGUGCUUACGAGUCCAUGACCAGUGUUUACGAGUCCAUGACCAGUGUUUACGAGUCCACUUCUACUGCUACAUACGAGUCCACGACCAUCCUCACCAUCACUUCUUGCUCUGAUGAUGUGUGUUCCGAGUCGACUGCCACCCCUACCGAGACUGUCACCAACACUGUUGCCACCACCAUCAUCACCAUCACCUCUUGCUCUGACGACAAGUGCGUUGAGUCUACUGCCACUGCUACGCAGGGUCCAACCACUGUCACCACUGACGGUUCCACCACUGUUUACACCACCUGGUGCCCAGUGACUGAGCAUGCUUCGUCCACUGUGAUCACUUCCGCUACCACUGGUGCUAACGGCGAGGAGACCACUGUUACAGUUACUGCUACCCAAGGUGCAACCACUGUCACCAGCGGUGAUGAGACCACUGUCUACACCACCUGGUACACUGUCUCCAAGGAGGCUGAGGACACCGCCACCGUGACCACCACUGGUGCCGAGGGUGCCAAGACCACUGAUGCCGGUGUUGUGACCACCGUCAUUGCCUCUACCUCCACCGGUGCCGCUGGUGAGGAGACCAUCUACGUUACUCUCACUACUUCCGCCGCUACCGGCUUCCACACCAGCACUUCCACUGGCGCCGUUGCCGCCCAGUCCACCGACUACGCCUCUGCCACCCCAGCUGUUUCUACUGUCUUCAACGGUGCUGGCAGGGUCAGUGCUUCCUUGGCCUUGAUUGCCAUUCCUUUCGCUUAUUUCUUGUAAGCAAUCCAAUCCUUUCGUUAGCGCAAUUGUUUCUCUCAAUUUGACAUUGGGAAUUUCGAAAUCGCCUCAUUUUUCUCAUCGAAUCUUUUCAUAAAAAUUUACAAUAUACUUUUCGUAUCGGUUUAAUUUGAAUCUUUGUAUUGAUCAUCUUUGUUUGGUCACUGGCCGGAAUCCGGAAACCGGGAUGUUUCCGGAUGCCUUUGGCACACGAAUUUUCGCUUAUAUAAGCAAUGAGACGGCAUGUAAGGCCAAAUUUGGCGUUGUGAUGUUUUAGGCUAAAUAUUUUGAAACAUCUCAGGACGCGGAAGUGCAGGCGGGUCCAUCUAGAACUUGUUUACGAGUGCCUCGGCUUGGAAAAUAAAGUAUUUUUUCUUGGAAGCUGUUGGGAAUGGAAGAAGCUCAUUGGCAGAAAGAGAUGUAUGGUUUUUAGAUUUGGAAGCACUCAUUUGAACCA